AAGAGAAAUAUUAAUUCCAUUAUCUACAUCACUCUACAACACUGCACCUGCUUUUUGGAUGACAAAUUUCAAGUGUUCUAGCAGUAACUACGAAGAAAAGAAAUUCCAGAGGACCACUGCAUAUCCCUUCUUCCUUCUGCCAAGAGUAACUCGAAAGAGAACCUCUCAGAGAACAAGACUCCAGAAAACUCUAAGAAUAAAUGGAUCAAAAGUGAAAACAGUAAAAUGUCAAUGUCCAACACACAAAACGAGCUGAACCUCUCUAAAGAAUUCCCUCCACUUGGAAUGUCGAGUUACACCCCUGAAAUGACCAAAGACUGGGGAAGCAUAGUUGAGGAAGAAGAAGAAAAAGGCAGAAGAAUGCAAACAGGGGCCAAAACCAAUUCAAGAUUUAAAAGAAGACUACUUCUCUCAGAAUCCCAAGAAGAGAAUUCACAGCGAUCAAAACCAUCAAAACCUGUUCUGACAGAUGCACAUAAACUGCUUCAAAGGCAAAAGCAAGUUGAUAUUGGAAAGAACACGUUAUCUUAUGGCCGUUACAUAACUGCAGUGUCAAGGGAGCAGCGCACAAAGGAAGACCCCAACACCCCUGACAAAUUCCAAAUGUGCAGCACUCGAUCAUGGGUGGGACAGAUCAAGAAUUGGCGUCGCAAACUCCAUGUCUGGGACCCACCGUCUGAAGGACAAGAAGAUUUGUUCUCCUCCUCUUCACAGAGCAGUGUCCAGUCUUUUCCCUGUGAGGUGAAGAUGGAGGUGGACAGUAAUUGUGAUGCUGAUGAUGAUAUGAUGUCUACAUCCACCCCAAGCAGUGUCGAUGAUCUGUUUGGUGACUUUGAUCUAGAUGCCUGUUUGAUGAAUGAUGGCUUGCCACUUUAAACCUUUUCACUUAGUAAAUUUUAUGACAUUCACUCUAAAAGGUAGAUAAAAAUUUACGAAAAUAAAUAAUCAAAGAGAACACAUUUUUAUAGAUUUCUAAAACUUACUGGCUGAGAGUUUUAAAUUUGAGAUUCUUUGUAGUUACUUUUCACUCACUCAGUCCAGACAAAGGCCAUGUUUAAUUGUAACAAGAAAUCCCUUUUGAGAUCUUUCAAUGAGAAGAAACCAUUUUUAAAUUUAUUGUUAAGUAUCAGAAUAUAUUUACAAUAGCCUUCAGCCAUUUAAAUUUGUGUUAAUUGACUGUGGAUUAUUCUGAGCAUAAAAUGGUGUUGCAAUAAUAUUUAUCGUAGAAAGGCAUACACAUUUUACAUCCACACAAUUUCAUGUUUCCAGGGAUUGUUCACUUUUUAGUUCAAAUUUUUAGAACAUAAUUGGUUCUUGUUACCUUUCUGUAAUUAGGGAUGAAACAAAUUCUUUAGAUCACUGAUUUGGACUUGAGACAUGGCUAAACAUUGUCUUAUCUGAAUCUUAAUUGCAACAUGAUUAGUAAUAGUAAUUGGACUGAGUGGAGUACAAUUCAGGGAGCAAUAUUGCAAAAGUAAUAUCAGAUGAGCGCAAAGCAAAAGGACAAUUUGAAAUUUCAAGCAUGAUGACUCCCUGAAUUGUACGACACUAAGUCUAAUUACUAAUCAAUCGUAACUAUAACAAAUUUCAAAAUUGACAAAGUCUUAUGACAAUCUCAUUUGAACAAAGAAGGCAGUAGCACUCUCCACAAUCUAUAAAAACUGUAGGAAAAAUUGAAAAGAAAGCCAUUAGAGUGCACAUAAUUGAUGUGUGAUUCACAUGGGUAUCCAAUUCCAAAAGGUAAUACAAAAAGUUGUAAUUAGAUACCUGUAAUUGAACACCCACAUUAUUGUGCUGAUAAUUACAUGACAAAUAGGCAGGCUGAGAACCAAUCACGGUCAAGAAUUUUGUUACAGAUACAAUUAAUAUCACUGUAUUAGUCAGCAAACACUGUGUUUUACAGUUCAGAUAGUAAUGAAAAUUUUUGCGCUCUUUUUUUCUACAAUGAAUAUCUGCUCCAGUAUGAGUAUUGUUCUUUAACAUCACUAUAGACUUUAACAUUGCAUCAAAUGUUUUUAACUAUGUGUAAAAGCAUUGUUGAACUUGUUGAAGUUAGAAAAGAAGGUAAAAAUUUUCAGUGUUACAUUUUAUUGCUGAAAUUAUUACGAAGUGAAAAUAAUUUUAACAUUGUUUUAAUUAAUCAGCAUUUAAUUGUAACACUACUACUUAACAGGCUUAGGGGACUGUCAAAUCUUUGGGUUUGUCAACAGUGAUUCUUAAUAUUAACAGACAUUGUAAUGUAAUCUGCUGAAAAUAAUUUUGAGUAAAUUAAAGUUAUUUUGAUACUCAACAUAUAGUUGUCCUGAGUAAAUGUGUUAUUGUUUUCCUUUCCUUCAACAAACAUCUUGCAAAAGAAAUACUAAAUCUGUAAAGAGAACCAUAAGAUCUAUAUGAGGCAACUCUAAAAAAAAAUUACCAAAAUGAAAUAUAGAGAGUUCUUCGUCACUAUGCUGCAGAAGUUAAGCGUGGCAUUUAUAGCAAACAGCAACUUUUGCCAUCUGUCUUUAGCUGUUUGAAUAAUAGAAUGAAAAUAUUUGUAUUUGUGGUGAAUAGUGGGAGUUGUUUUUCUAUCUUUGAAUAUAUGUAAGAAUUAGACAUGCAUCAUGCCCAUAAUCUACCCAUUAAUGACUGCAAGCUGGUGACAUAGAAAUUUUGGCUUUAUUUAAUUAGUAAAAAAGGUUCAAUAUUAUAUCAGGUUGUUUGUAGAAGAUUACGCCAAGUGAACUACAUGCAUUUCUAUUAACUAGCCUUUAAAUGGCCAGACAAAACAAACUUUAUCUCCAGUCCGUACUGCACACUAUCGAGAGUUUGUUUGUGUGUGUU